AUGUCGAAGACCGUCGCCGUCACGUCGCCCUCCCACUUCACCCAGAUCCUCCAAUCCUCGCGAAUCGUAGUCACAGACUUCUGGGCAGAAUGGUGUGGACCAUGCAAGGCCAUCGCUCCCGUCUACGAGGCUCUCAGCAGCCAACUGUCCCGUCCAGGUCAGAUCACCUUCACCAAGGUCAACACCGAUGAGCAGAAGGAUAUCGUACAGACGUACAACAUCAGCGCCAUGCCCACGUUCCUCAUAUUCAAGGGAGGAAGAGAGACGAAGCGCAUUCGAGGCGCGGACCCCAAAGGACUCGACGCAGCGGUGAAGCAACUGGCACAAGAGGCGAGCAGCGCGGAUGAGGGAGGUGCAGGUCCAUCAGACGGCGGCAGUAGCGGAGGACGCUGGACAGGCGCAGCAGCACCCAGAGGGUACACCGAAGUCACGGAGCAAGUCGACAUUCAAGGUCUGGACUUCCUCAACCUGGACGGCAACGCAGGGGACAAGAGAGCAGUUUUCGCUCCGGAGAAGCCGUCAUCAUUAGACGGAAAGGGCAAAGCAUCAGAGAGCAGCAAGAAGGACUGGAUUGAGAGCGACACGGACGAGCAGCUGAUGCUGUACGUGCCCUUCCAGUCAACACUCAAACUCCACUCUAUUCACAUCACCUCGAUACCCUCUGGCUCAGAAGAAGCCAUGCGGCCCAAGACUCUCCAUCUCUACAGCAAUCGAAGCCACGUUCUGGGAUUCGAUGAGGCAGAGGACACGCCAGAGACGCAGAAGAUCGAGAUUCAGGAAAGUCAGUGGGACGAGAAGACUCAGACAGCCAAGGUCGAGCUGCGGUUCGUCAAGUUCCAGAACAUCAGCAGCUUGACCAUCUUCGUGGUGGAUGGUGAUGGCGAUGCGGAGAAGACGAGGAUUGAUCGGUUACGGUUAUUUGGUGAGAGCGGCGAGAAGAGGGCGAUGGGCAAGUUGGAGAAGAUCGGUGAUGAGCAAGGCGAGUAG